AUGUCUGAUUAUUUCUUGAGAGUCAAGCAGCUUAGAUCUUGCCCCUAUAUUUCUUUUAAGUUUUUGAAUUUCUUGGUAAUUCUCAACUAAUUUGUGAACAUUGUUCUUGCUAUUAUCCUUAACAUUGAACUGUACGACUCUAAUUCACCUUACGUCUAUGGAUACUUGAUUGCAGAGCUAACAGGACUAGCAAUAGCAGUUUUUGCUUAUAGAAUUGCCUCAAAUUUGUUAACAAUGGGCAGAACAAGAAGGAAAUGGGUGCUUCAAAUCUUAUAUAUGCUACAGCUGCUUGCAUUUUUACUCCAUUUCAUAGUGUCUCUUGCUAUGUGGCUUAACUUUAACUUUCUCUCGGAGUAUAUUGCCUACAACAAGAUCGAUUAUUUAAAAGGCUUAGACUCGUUUAAGAAUAUUGCUGUUUACCUUGGGUUUUCUUCUCUUCUACUGGGUCUCGAUGUAUAUCUUACUAUAUAUUUCAGAAAGUUCCUAGGUAGGGAACAGAUAAGAAUAGAGGAGAAAGAUAAAAGGCUGAGAGAAUUUGAGCUUUAUCAAAAUACAGUAUAUAAUCUGUAUGAGUAAUUGGGACAAGAGGAUAUACAUGAUAUUAGAGGUACGAGGAAAAGACGUAGAUGA